UACAGUAAACUGCGCCAUGGAGACGGUAUCAACAGUAAUAGUCAUCGGUCUUGUGUGGUUGUAUGGUGUCAGUGUCGUACAUGCUGACACCAGUUUGACAGCUUUCACUGGCCGACUGAACCUACUAGAGGGAGAGAUCAACGCAUGGAAACAUACAGCUGUUAAUCUUGAGACUAAAAUGAAUAAUACAUUUAGCACGUUGGGCUCAUCUCUGAAAGAGAGCCUGACUAACAAGUUCAUUCCUGCCUUGAUGAAGGGUCUAGUGAAACAAGUGAUAACUGACAUUCUGAAAAAAGGUUACAUUGAAGAUAUGAUUAGCGGACGUGUCCAAGACGAAGUCAACAGCCUGAAAGCAAGUGUACACAACACAAAGACACAAUUUCAGGCAGUAACACAACAGUUUAGACACGUUGAACGGGAGAGAGACACUUUCAAAGAGAGUCUUGAAAAACUAAGUGGCGAGCUGACCCAAGACAUCCAAAGUUUACAACUGCAGCUGAAUGAGACGGAAGCUGGUCUUCGAGAUGCAAAGAUGGUGAACACUGCUCUUAGACAGGGUCUGAUGACACUGAAUACAAGCUGUGUGAAGAUGAGCCAAGCGAUUGAACAACUCACCAAAGAUAAACAAUCAUGCAGGGAGGGCUUGCGGGGAAUGCAGCAAAAGUUACGCACUGACAUUCAGAGUUUAAACAAUCAGUUAAAUCAGACCAUUGAUGAUCUGCAUGACUCAAAGCAAAGAAUCACUGGUCUUACGGAGGACAUGAUGGCACUGAAUACGAGCUGUGUGCUGAGUGAAGGGAUUGAAGAGAAUGAUGUUAAUGAAACGUCGCUGUCUACAUCCUCGUUGACGCAAGUGCCAUUCACCACAUCGCCCCCUAUGUUUCCUGGUGCCGCAGGAGCCUCGAGUGACCCGAGUUGGACCGAGAGGAGACCAGUGACCACAAAAAAGCCUGCUACACAGGCCUCGAGUGAUCCGAGUCGGACCGAGGGGACACCAGUGAAGACCACAAAAAGGCCUGCUACACAGGCCUCGAGUGAUCCGAGUCGGCCUGCGAGGACACCAGUGACGACCACAAAAAAGCCUGCUACACAAGCGACUCCAUCCCCAGCAGACUGCGAGGACCUCUAUGACGCCAGCGGGAGGGGGGACCUGGAGGAGGUGAAGCGGCCCCUGUCUCUGGGUGUCAACGUCAAUUGUAGGGUGGGGAGCUGGACACCGGUGAUGAGGGCAACAUGGGAUGGACACAGAGACGUGGUGGAGCUCCUGAUGAGUAAAGGGGCCGAUGUGUCACUGGUGGACGGGGACGGUGACAACAUCCUUCACCUCGCCUGUCUGGUAGGACACUUGGAGACGGUGGAGUUUGUGUUGUCACUGAACGUGGUGGGCAUUAACAGUAGAGGAUGGAGGAGCAUGACACCGGUGAUGAGGGCAGCACGGUGGGGACACAGAGACGUGGUGGAGCUCCUGGUGAGUAAAGGGGCCAAUGUGUCACUGGUGGACGAGAACGGUGACAACAUCCUUCACCUCGCCUGUAUUGACGGACACAUGGAGACGGUGAAGUUUGUGCUGUCCCUGAACGUGGUGGACAUCGACGCCAGGAACAACAAAGGACGGACGGCGGCCGACAGGGCGAGACAUACGCCAGUGUUGGAUCUCCUCGUGUCCAGUGGCGCUCAGUGACGUCAGUGUCUUGUUUGCGUAGAUGGCGGUGGAUGCUGCUAACAGUGACGUGGUGUGUCGUUCACUUCGUCGUGUGUAAAUAUGUCUUUAUUUACGAGAAACUGUUUUUUUGUUUUUGGAGAUGAAUAAAACUUA